AUGAGCACAAAUCUUCACCAUAAUGACAAUCCGACAUCUAAUAAUCAUUUUCAAUCAGGAAACAAAAGCCUCGCUUCAUCUGCAGAUCCUCAUCUGCUGGGGUUUCAGGGGGACAAUGCCAGUGGAAGUUCAACUCUUCAGCCACAGUCAACCAAAUCCCAAGUAUCCAAUUUGACCAAAACUUUACAGUCGUCGUCAUCGUCGUCGUCAGGGACUUCAAAUUUACCACAACAACAGGGACAUCAGGGUUUAGUGGGCCAUCACCUGCAAGGGCAGCAACAACAUUCUAGUACUACUAACCCACAAGAAUUAAUUACAGGGCUACCAUACAAUAUCAGGGAGGACAGAACAAACGAUACUCAACAAGCUAGCUACCAAAACUAUUAUGGUGCAUUUCCUCAACAAAUUCCCAUAUCACAAAACUCUUAUAAACACAUGCCCAUGUCUCACAAUACACCAACCGCAGUAGGUACAUCCUACACAUCAGCCCAUUCCUAUAACCCAUCGUUGCCGUCGACUAAUAAUUUCAUAACUCAACCAGAGUCAGCAUCCUUCCAUGACCAUACAGCACCUUCCAGUUUCCGCCCAAACACUGUGCCGCAUGCUUUCCCAACAACAACAGUACAAACUGACUCAGCCAUUCCCAAUAGAAGCUCAUUUUCUACCGCCCCAGAUGCAGCAUCUCUGCUACACCUGACGUCUUACUCUGUGCCCGGCAACCAAUUCCUGCGACCUUCCAUGAUCAAUCAUCCAACACAGAUAAAUCACAACCAGUACCUGGCAAAUCAAAGAAUUCCAAACUCACUACCUGUAGGGCAUACAUAUGGAUCAUCAUUUCCAAGUCAAGGACAACAACAACAGCAGCAGCAGCAGCAGCAGCAGCAGCAGCAACAACAACAACAACAACAACUGGCUCGUCGACUUCACUCCCUAUUGAACGCAGAUAAGCAACCGGGAUUGGCAAGUGCUCCUACAUCUAUUCUGACAGGCUCAAUCAACAUCCCCCAACCCAAUCGUGUGCAAGACAUUCAACAGAGAGAGGGUCAUUCGUAUCACUCAACACCGCCCUACUACGAGCACGUGCAACAAAGGUCGCAAAGCCAGGAACAACAGUCCGAGUAUGUACGUCCUGAACCGGAUCAUUACCUUUCGUACAAUGAAUUCCUCCAAGAGUUGAGAAGAAAAGGUGAACAAGGAAUACAUCCCAAUUCAGACGAGGAGCAUUUGAAUAUUGUUGAAUUCCCCGUGAAUGAUUUAAUCGUAAUGCUUUCUUGCUUGUUGACUAAGAUUAUCGAAGCCAAUGACAAAUUGCACCCCAAUCAUUUCGAAAAUACUAUUGCCAUACGACAAAAGAUUAAAGAAGAAAAGAAACGAAAAAGGUUGCAACGUAAAGACAGUCAAAAAGAGUAUCACAAGAGCACAAUUGUUGGUGAAGUUGAUGAGCAUGGUGGCAGCAAUACUCAAUCCAACGAAGCAGGAGGAAAUUCGGAUGAUCGUUUUGAAGUGCGUGUCCAUAGUGAAGAUAGAAUGGACGAAGACGAUGACCGAUUGGAUGCCAACGAUGAUGAUGAUUAUGACGAUGAAGAUGACGAGGACAAUGAAAUGAAGAAUAAAUAUUUGGCCAAUGUUUUGGCAUUUCAUGGAACAAAUGUUCCUGGCAUCUCCCUUCAUGCUUAUUUAGCCAGAGUGUUAAAGUAUUGCCCGGUGACCAAUGAAGUGUUUUUAUCAUUAUUGGUGUAUUUUGACCGCAUUGCUAAAAAGGCCAACAAUUUAAAUCAAAAACGCAAAUCGGGUUUCAAUGAUGACAACUCAGACAUUGCCGACGCUGAGCAACUUUUUGUCAUGGAUUCAUACAAUAUUCAUCGUUUAAUCAUUAGUGGCAUCACCGUUUCAUCGAAAUUUUUUCUGGAUAUAUUCUACAAAAACUUGCGGUAUGCAAAAGUUGGUGGAUUGCCAUUGGAAGAACUAAAUUAUUUGGAAUUACAAUUUCUUUUACUUUUGGAUUUCAAAUUGAUGAUCAGUGUGGAGGAUCUACAAAAUUACGGUGAUCUAUUAGCCAGGUUUUGGAAACGAGAACAACUGAAUGCGGGUGAAACAAGUGUGGCAAGUAAUGUCAGUACUGAUGCUUGA